CAUACAAUCCGAGAGUAGAAGCAUGCAUUCAACUGCUACUUUAUCCAACAUGAAGUAUUUUGUAGCAAUCGUCGUUCUCUUGGCUAUUUGGUGCGAGUUUGGGGCUUCUAAGCCUAGUGGAGGUAUCGAUACUGGAAACGUUGGCAUUCCAAAUGGUGGUCAUCUUGGGUUUGUAGGAAAAGCUGGAGCAAAUGGACAAGAUGGCCCUAAUGGUGGAAGCCCUUCUGGAGGUCCUAGUGGACCACCACCCAGGGGACCCCCACCUCGUGGAGGAGGACUUAUCUCCGCCUUCAAUGGAAAUAACAAAGCGAAUUGCAGACGACAAAAUGCAACAACCGCAGCUCCCACAACAGCAGCCUCUGGAUAAAAAUGAAUAAUUAUAAUAAUAAAUGCAUGAGAUUUGAAUAAAAAAUAUAUAAAUAAAGA